AUGGUGGAGCAUUUUGAUCUUAUGAGGAAAGUAGAGCUGCUCCUACCACUGUUCAAUAUUUGGAAGCAGAAGGUUGGGGUCGUUGAACAACAUUUACACACUGUAGGUCUAUGCGCUUGCUCUUCUGUCAUGUAGGUCUCUCUUAAAAAUCAAUCAAUCAAUCAUUCAGUCUCUCUUACUAUUCUCCUGGUACUAGUAGGUGGUCGUCAUCAUCAAAUUUCUCUUAGCGAGUUAUCCUCAGCUGAAGACGAGCAAGGUCUUGUUCGUGUUAGUCGUCCUCUAAGGAUCGUUUUGGGUUACUUGGAUUGCCGCGCAUAAUUGUGUUCGAAAUGCAUCCUGAUCGGUGGGCAGAAGCAGAGGAAAUUUACGGGGCUCUGACUUUCAUUCCUGACUUUCUCUCUCUCCUUGGACAACUUUAAUGCGUCGCCUUUGCCUCACUUAAAACUUAAUAAUGCUACACACUCCAGUAUGCCUCACCCGUGGCAUAUAGAUUAAGACCUCGUCGAGGCUACAUGGCAUGACACUGCAUGACACGACUGAUACUGCACGAAAAGCGUUGGCUUAUUCAGUUAUCAAGCCAAUCGCCAGAGUGGGUUCCAGAGUGGGUUCCAAGGUCCUCGUAGGCUGCAUCUUCCCUGGUUCUCUUUCACUUCUUGAGUGGGAUGCAGUCAUGCUUUGGCAACUUCCAAAAUUUGCAUUCUAAGAGAUACUGAAACAGCUCGAGCAGGUGUACGGAUACGAGAUCGUCGAUAAGAUUCCUUGGUGGAAAAAAGCAGUCCUCAAAGGGGUGGCGAAGUCGGUUUGUGACGUUUUUACGGCUCCUUCAUCUCUACCAACAUCAUUCGAUGUCCUCGUAGGUUGCGCUUUAUGUUUGUUCAUGAAUAGGCUAUUCGUGCUUUUUCAACUGGAAGGUACACGAAGGCUAAUUUAAGACCUCUUUACUACUCGCAAUAGUAGGGCACAGAGGUACCAUGACAUGACAGUGCGGCCUGAUCUAAUCCUUCCGUCAAGCUUCCGGAUGCUCUAGUACGGUGGCAGAAACGCCUGUGGAACGAUGUGCGCUCAGUUUUGGAGCGAGAACGUGGUCUCUAAAAGGCAGCUGAGGACUCUUCAAAGGAUUGCAGUGCCUUCGUGUCUUCGACUUGAAUUUAACAAAAUGUUUUACGGACUUUUCUUUCACGACCGUCAGCUAGCAAAGUUCAACAUAUGAGUGUGACUCUAGGCGACUUACUAUAUUUCGCCGUCCUCUACGUCGAUGCAGCUGUGUGCACUAGCACAAGACGUUAUAUAUCACAACUUUCUGAUAUCGCGCUACUUUUGGAGGUCCUACAAACUAGGCACGUGACUCGACCGAGUGGAUAAGUAACUCCAUAGCAUGACUUGCUCUUGCAAGAGCAAGGUUGUCAUUGUUUUUACACACGACCGAGUAUAUCGAUCCAUGAUUAUCUCCGUAGAGGUAAUCUUCUCACGUCCCCAGCCUGGGUGUCGGUAUCCCAAUCCCUAGAACACCUACUUAUAUCUCAUAUCCUUCUACCCCAUAAUAUCUCACAACUAUUUCUUGGACAACUACGCUACUAGUAUGUACUUCUGUCAUAUGCAUCAAGAGCGCAGUAGUUCGAUUUCCAUCAUGAAGCUGUCACUUUCUGAAAAGUUUCAAGCUUAAUAACCCCGUGUCUCCACAAGCGAUUAUUGUGUCUUUGAUCCUGCAUACUCCCCAACUUUUUCCUCCCAGCGCUAUACUGAAAUAUCAAGAACAGACUCCUAAUCCUAAUCCUAACAGACAAACUUUUCGUUUUCCCACAGGUGCUUAAUGCGCAGGGCUGAGGCAGGAGCCCAUCUGAAUCUGAAUCUGAGCACGAAAUUGAAAACCAGUCCCAUUCGUUGCAGUCACGACUUUGCGGGAGAGGAGCUAUUCGAACUUGUUAUCCUUGGCUACGG